CUCAUCGGCACUUGUUUGUACUUUGCUGCCUGUCUCAAGCAUAAACACCAGACAUCAAAACCGCCCACGGCUGCCAGCCUCGACGCUUCCCAGGUAUAUCAUCGGCCGAUCACGUUACGGGAUCCACCAUAGGACCGACAUCUCCAGAAUCUCUGGGCGGGGGCGAUUACCUCGACGACAUCGAAGAGGCUGAAGGCCUGGUGUGGGAUCUCGCUCUCGCCCCCGAAAGCGACCAAGAUGACGGAGGGAGUGGAGAAGGCAACAAUCGCGAGGCUCGAGAACCCACUCGGAUAGGCCUUUCACAUCGAAAGACUGGCGAGACAAGAAGGAAUAGCGAGGCGGGCAGCAGCACAGGCUGCACCAUGUCUGCCCUAGAAGCACCUCAACGCCUGCCACUCAAUGUGAGAACUAGCCCGAGGACUUCUACAAACGCUCUUCCUCCAAAACGCAAGCAUGUGUUGGCCGCUAGAAAGACGAUCUUGCCCCAAAAGACACCUCUCACCCGCCCUCUUCGCUCAGCUCGAAAGGUAGCAGUUGUUACAGAUCUAUCUGAGGGCGACGAGACCGACAACGCCGAGGCUUCCGAGCCAGAUGACCUGCGUCUAUCCUCACCUCGCCCCCAAUCUCCCAUCGCCAAGCAACGGCCCCUAUCUUCCCCCGAAAGUGCGGGCCCGUCAAGAGUGCCGCGCACAUACACAGUCGACUUUGAGCGUCGCAAAAGGAUGGCAGACACUGCCCUUGGUCCCAGGACGACGAAACGUCAAAGGCGAAGUGACGGGCAGUAUCGACAAUCUCCUGAGGCGCCUGCAACACUCGUCUCUAGCGGGGAUACAACUGCUACGAGACAGAAGAAGAGGAAAGCCGCCAGGAAGCAGGUGGCUGCGCCCACAGUCAUUGAUCUGACGUGGGAUACGGGCUCUGAUGAGGACGAAGGGCACGAGAUGGGCAGCAGUCGGGAGAUGAGCGAUGGUGAAGAGGAAACCAACUUUCCGCCACAGCGUUCAAAAAAGAUGAGGGAAAGAGAGGGUGCUAUUCUAUCUCGGAAAAACCAUCAACCGCUCGAGGAUAUCAGUGCUAUACCGGCAAGAAUGAUAGCCCAAAAUAUCGACGCGUCCGAAUCAGGUUCUCCAGUGAAUCUAACAGAUGAUACUCGAGAUGAAUCGGAUGCCGAGGUCGCCGUCGGCGACGAUAAUGUCAACGAGAAGGUACAUGAAGAUCCGCUUCAGGACAUGAUAACACCAGGACCUUUUAUCUCCGAAGCACCUCAGCCAGCGUCCCCAACCCCCGCUCCCAGGCCACCCCUUCUGGACGUCCCUUCCUGGGAGCUUCCGACUAUUGAAGGAGUUGCCCAAGACCUAUCUUCUUCCCAAUUCCAUCUCAGAAGAUUCUCCUCCAUAUUCUCCCGCAGAAUCGCCCGACGCUCCCCUUCUUCGACUUCUGAAUAUCUACCCUCCUACACCUGUCGACCAUUCCUUCGCAAAAACAUGCGUAUACGCCUGCAAGGUACCAGUGCCUUUCUUGAUCCGGAUAACACCGAAUCCAUCGAGUACAUGGCUCGGCUCAACCAGUAUAGGAAACUCGAGGGCACGAGAAGAAAAGAGGAUAAUGCUUUGGGUAUCGAUAUGAAGGAGAGGUUCAGAGUCGUGGACGAAGACUUGGUCGCGCGCGGGACAGAUUUCAAUCUAUUGAAGCAAGGUGUCGUUCUAAACAUGACCUUUGAGGGUGUUUUCCCUGCCGGGCGCGCUCCAUCGAAAUGCCCAUACCAGGCUCAAAUUAUCGUGAGGCUUGAGGAGACGGUUCUCCAUGCCGUCACUGUUCCCAUUGUGCAAUACAAGGUACACCCUCAGACGACCCUGUCAAUACCACUGUCGGAAACCUUCAUCAAGAAUCGCCAGCCGGACUACAGAACGUUGAUGAAUCUCCAGAUAAUGCUAUUCUCUAUCGGAAGGGCGCAAGAGAUGUACACGUCAUCCGACAUCAAGAUAGUGGCUUCGGAUGGGCAUCUGGCCCAAUUUGGGCCCAUUAUCAAUCUGAGACCUACUUCUCUGGGUGAUCAAGCUCCACCCAUUCUCUUGCGUCUCAAGACCGACUACAACCUCUUACCUUCUCCCAGGUUCUACCCAGUCUCCGCCUCGUUGUUGUCGAAAUCUUCUAGAGAUGUCGAGGUGACAUAUAUCGUGAAAAAGUCUAAUGCGGGACAGUCGAGUGUCGUUGUCGUCAGUGGCUUUACCUGCCCACUGUGCUCAGACCUGGACGGCGCGGGAGACACAGGUAGUAGACAGGCUCUGUUCUUGCAUCUGUCAGGUCAUCGAAAGGAGGCAAAAUUGGACGAAAAGAGGUCGACAGAGAAAAUCACUAGAAGUGGCCGCUUGUUGAAGUUGACUGUCUUUUUGAAGUCCCGCGCAAAGACCUCGCUCGUCUUCGCCAACAAAUACAUCAGAUUGCAUCAUCUCCUUCCAACACUCGCUGAUUUCCCCCGCCCCUCCGUGAUGUCUAGUCCUACUGAGGUCAACGGGCCGAUGCUUUCAUCACCCAGACAACGUCUCAACCUUACAGAGACUUCUUCAGCGACGCAUCCGCCUUCUGAUAAAGCAUUAGAGAAGACAUCUUCGAUAUCGGAAGGGGGCACCGUCAAAGGCGCAUUGCAAGUGCCGGCUCCCGACGAUGAUGGCAGAGCAUCUGCAGUGGACGAAAUGUCUCCAGUAGAGACCACAGAGGUUGAAGGAAUUGUACCAGUGGCACAGGCUACCGGAGUGAAAACAAGCGAGAUGGAAGGUAACAAUGGCGAAGACACACCGCCAGACUUGGCUCCUCACGCUGAAAGAGGGUCAUCUGCGGCGGACAAAUUAUUCCCGGAGGCUACAGAGGUCGAAGGAAGUGUACCAGUGGCGCAGGCUCCGGGAUUGAAGUCAGGCGCGAUAACGGGGAACAAUGACGCAGACACACCGCCAGAGCCAGCUCCCCGCGUUCUUGAAGGAUCAUCUGCGGUGGACGAGCUUUCCCAAACGGAGGCCAUGGACGUCGAGGAGAGUGCUCCAGUGGCACAGGUGACUAGUUCCAACUCAGGCGAGAUGGAAGGGAAUGAUGUCGAAGACAUACCGCAAGAGCCAGCUCCGCACGCUGAUUCAAACAUCCAGUCAGCACCUCCAAUUCAUGCAAAAGACGACAAGCCUGCUGUGCCCGUGGCGCCAUCAUGCAGCAGCGUUGCUGGGAAAGAGCCCGAUACUCAAGUGUCGCGAGGCUCAACCACUACACCAACAUCACUUUCACAUCAUCCUCAACGCCUCUCACAGGGUGUCCGUUCCCCUUCUUUGAAACAUCCCAUUCCAGUGCUUCAGUCGAACGCCGAUAAUUCCGCGGGCGCUUCGAAUGUAGAGGAGGGCUCAGAGGUGAUAGAAGACAUCGCCACCCCUGUCUCCAUCCAAGCAGUACCAGAAGUUUACUCCAGCGUUCUCGCCAAGGCGAGUGAACCUUUCCAACGAGCCGAAAUCGUUCCAGAUCUAUCAGAACCAGAGCAGAAAAACGACGAAACCGAAGGCUCGAGCACGAAAGUCGUGGAGGGAGUGUCACAAGAACAGACUUCCAUAACGAGCCCGCUCGCCAGGACGGAGCUUCAGCAUACUGCUAUAGUAUCGAAUCCUGCGGAUACGGAUACAGAGGACGCGCCCGUGUUUGUACCGGUCAUCAAGGCUCCGCGAAAAACUCAGCUUCCUAGCAGAGAGGCUGAGAGUGUCAAGAGGCCCAUGGUCCGUCUGACUUUGCCAGCCCAAAAGUCGAAUCUGUCAGAGCUCAUGUCAGAGCAAUCGUCUGCUUCCAAUUCGCGUUCGUCAUCCAUCGUAGCGAUUGAGCAGGAAGAUAUCGCCAUGGACACGGAAGUGGAUACGGCUGCUUCCGAUACAGUGGAUGACGCUGCAACACCUGUGCCGGAGACACAAACAACCCACCCUGCUCAACCUAAAUCGAGAGGAAUGUCGCGCACACCGCAAGCGUCCACAUCGUUGUCACAAUCAUCAACGCCACCAGCAGAAGACGUUUCGAAGGUGGCAGCUAUUAUGCAAGGAUUCGUGCUGGGGGUGAACGAGAAAUCCAACGAUCCAAAUACCACCCCAGUCGAGGCUGUAUCGCCUUCUCGCAUUCCAGACAAUGGCAUGCAGCAGGAGGCCAGGUCCGACUCCGAUCCUCAAAAGCAGCUGUGCCCGGAUCUUCGCGACCUUGCAGUGCUUCGAGACACUUCUCGCUUCACCGAGUCUGGCAUUGCUGGUCCUUACAUGGGCCAGAGAGUCAACGAAUGGACCGAGUGGAGCCAUGCUGUCGUACCCGGCACACUGUUUGACUUUAUGCAUGAGCUAGAUAAGCUGUGGGAUUGCGGAGGGAUUCGGCAUGUGGUGAAGCAUCAAGAAGUGACCAUUUGGACUAGAAACCAUUUGUCGGAGAAGAGGCGAUUUCUGGCUUGCUGUUGGAAUAGGUGGACGUAUGAAAAAGGGCCUAUACCCGGAAUCAACAAGGCAGGUUAUCUGAAAUUGUUUCUUGACAAGUACGGGACGAUAAUGGCGCGCGCCGGGAUCGAUUUUGAACUCAAGGACUAUCUGCAUGUGAGUCUGAUGAAUCCUUGCUCAACGGAUACUAAUCCUCUUGUCCAGAUCCACUUUCAAAUGAAACACAUAUCUCUCGCAGACUAUGUCGGGGCAUGUCAGUAUUAUAAAGGUAUCCGAGGAUCCGUUUAGAUUGGAGUCGCUUCUCAGGCAUUUCCUGCCACUGCCUACAAAUGUUGUACAGUACUCUACAGCACAUUAGUCCCGAUUGUAUAACUUAGACAGCAUAUAUAUAACAUUAGAG